UCCAGUCUACAUGUAGUUAUACAACAGAGCUUGGGUCUGCUGCGUAUAUAUCAUUUUAAUUUCGUUGUGGUAACAAAGGCAUUUUAAACCUAUACAUUCAGUACCAGACAGGAACUAUGUUUUCUUCGGGAAAUACCUAUUCUUAGCUGUAGGAAAUACUCAUUCAUGCAGUGACAUUCAGUUGGAUGUCAGCAAAGAACGUGACUGACAGAACUGGUUGGACUAGAGAACAGCUAUUACCAGGAAGAGAAGACUGUAAACUUGAUGUGUUCAGGAACCGGCUGUAAUCCAUGCUAGUCGGUGGGAUGAACGUGCUGGCAUCUUGUGCAUGUAGUGACCCUACAAUGUGAAUGAUGUGCCCCCAAAACAAUACACAUUUAUCUCCCCUUGUCCUGGGAUGUCUGCAUGCUUGCCGGACAGCUUGAGCUCCUAAUAAUUUGAGUCGCUUCCUAAACUCACAAUCUCUUCACGAUCUUUACAACAUUCCGACUUUCUGCUUCGUAAACCAUACAGACGCUACAUAUGGUCUGAACCAAUUGCAUGGCUGUUUCUUGUAACCAUGAUGACGAUCUGGAGCUGACCAAUGAUGGAUUCUGUAAUAUUUAUUGGAAACCAACCGCUGCUAGGCUACCUUCUGCUGCCUACUCAGAAAAUGUACCUGUUUGAUGCCCAGGCGUACUCGUAUUUGGGAUUCUUCCUGGGAAUUGUUGCCCUCCUACUGUAUGGAUUCACCCUCUUCCUCACUCUCAUCUCACUGGUCGGCGGGUACUUUCACUUCCACAGAAAGAGCGACCCAUCCCUGCUGGGAGAUGAUUUACCGGGCGUGUCUAUCGUCAAACCUUUGAUGGGGGUCGACCCACUACUACUAGACAAUCUGGAAAGCUUUUUCAAGCUGAAAUAUCAAAAGAUUGAGUUGCUGCUGUGUGUUCAGGACAGUGAGGAUCCGUGUAUACACCUGAUCAGUCAGCUUCAAGAGACAUAUCCUAAAACUAAUACAAAACUCUUUAUUGGUGGUAGAGAUGGGAUCAUCAACCCAAUGGUGCACAACAUGACCCCUGGUUACGAGGCAGCUAAAUAUGAAUAUGUAUGGAUCAGCUCCAGUAGGAUUAAAGCUUCUGAUGACAUCAUUACUGAUAUGGUGUGUAAACUUCAGAAACCCACUGUUGCUCUUGUUCACCAGAUGCCUUUUAUGAUAGACCAGCAAGGACUGGGAGCCACUGUUGAAAAGAUUUACUUUGGCUGUUUGCUGCAUCGUUUUUAUCCUGCCUUCAGUUUCCUGCAGCAGUGCUGUGUCACCGGCAUGUCGUACAUGGUCAAAAAGUCUCUCCUUGAUCAGGUCAACGGUCUUGGCUGGUAUGGCCGCUUUCUCGCGGAAGACUUUUUCCUAACAAAAGCUUUGCACGACAAAGGUUACAAGCUAGUUUUAUCAGCUUUUCCAGCACAACAAAACACCCCACCAACAUCACUGUGUGGGUUUUUUAACAGAAUGGUCAGGUGGUUGCGGUUGCGGUUCAACAUGCUUCUAAUCGUCAGCAUGAUAGAACCGUUCAUGGAUGUCAUUCCUCUUGGCUUGCUCAAUGCGUGGAGUUUAAACCGCUUUUUUGGAACAAAUCCAUACGUGUUCUUUCCACUACAUCUACUCUUGUGGAUGACCAUUGAUUAUCUGCUCUUGAAGAAUGCACAGAAUGGUCCAGUGUGCUUCUCCAAGGUUCAGUACGCUCUGGCCUGGUUGUUACGGGAGUGUCUGUCCACUCUGAUCUUCAUCAAAGCUCUGCUCAAGCCCCACACCAUAGUCUGGGGUAAGAGGACAUUCUACGUCCAGUAUGGCGGUCACACUAAACUCAUUCAAGACAAAACCGCCGUGUCAUUAUAGCAGCAAACUGGGACCAAGAUCUUUUUACAGUUCAGCUGGAAAUGGUUAACUGCACAGUUAGCCGAAUGAAAAUACGUGCAAGUUCGUAGCAGAAUAGUUUUCAACUGAAGUGCCUGAUGUGUUCAAGGAAGGAUCUAGAAAGUGGUGCUACAAACGUUUGUUUUUGAAACAUUCUGGAGAGUGGAAGAUGGCACUGGCCAGAAAUGUAUUAAAAUUCUGUGUUAAAGGGGAAGUGGUGUUGGUUCGAACGACAUUGCCAACGUGCAGGGGCGAGGUUGCACUUGUACCCCUCGUAAAUGAAAGUCUGAUAUUAGAGGUGUAACCCCAGUGGAGAAGUUAAGGAUUAAAGAAGUUAAGGGUUAAAUUGGAGAAGUUAAGAAUUAAAGAAGUUAAGGAUUAAAUUACAGUGGAGAAGUUAAAGAUUAAAGAAGUUAAGGAUUCAGUUAUAGUGGAGAAGUUAAGGAUUAAAUUACAGGGGAGAAGUUAAGGAUUAAAUUACAGUGGAGAAGUUAAGGAUUAAAGAAGUUAAGGAUUAAAUUAGUGGAGAAGUUAAAUAUUAAAGAAGUUAAGGAUUAAAUUACAGUGGAGAAGUUAAGGAGUAAAGAAGUUAAGGAUUCAAUUAUAGUGGAGAAGUUAAGGAUUAAAGAAGUUAAGAUUUAAAUUACACAUUUAUUUCUGUUCAAGUAGAAACAUCAAGAAUCUAGUGAGUGGUCCUCCACUUGUACUGCUGAAUAUGCCAGUGAUGUCAUUUAAAGAUAGUAACAAAGUAUUAUUAUGCAAAAAGUUAUUUAUAUAUAUAUAUAUAUAUAUAUAUCAUAGUCAUCAAAGAAAAAAAUUUCAAUGGCAAUUUGACACUGAAAGCUGUCCAGCAUUUAGAAAACAAAAAACGUUA